AUGUUCGCCACCCGCCGCUUCGCAGCCACCGUGCCGGCAAAGCUCGGUGCCCAAUCGGCGCUUUUCCACAUGACCCGUCCUGCCUUUGUCAAAGUCGGAGACGCCAUUCCCAAUGUCGACCUGGUCGAAGACUCGCCCGGCAACAAGGUCAAUCUCUCCAAGGAGCUGAAGGGGAAGGGUGUGAUUAUCGGCGUUCCGGCCGCUUUCAGCCCCGCUUGCUCGAGCACACACGUCCCAGGAUAUAUCAGUCAUCCCAACCUCAAGAACGCCGGUAACGUGUUUGUUGUCUCGGUAAACGAUGCUUUCGUGAUGAAAGCGUGGGGCGCAAGCCUCGAUCCUACUGGCAAGAGCGGCAUUCGCUUCUUGGCCGAUCCCGCCGGCACCUUCACAGAUGCUCUAGAGCUAGGAUUCGACAGCACUACAAUCUUUGGAAACCAGCGCAGCAAGCGCUAUGCAUUAGUGAUUGAAGAUGGCAAGGUCAAAGAGGCCCAUGUCGAGCCUGACAACACCGGUGUCAACGUUUCUGUCGCGGAAAAGGUCCUCGCUUAG